UGGGUUUUCAUGUGUGUGCAAUAAUAAUGUUUAUUUUAACCAAAUUAAGGUAACGAAGUUUACUACUAAACAUGUCUACAGAAAGGAGACGCCGACUACCACCCAGCGGACCUUACAGAGCCACUAAAUUGUGGAACGAUGUGGUUCGUAGUUUUCGAGCCUCGAUGCCGCUGAAGAAGCACAGGAGAAGCAUGCGUUACUAUGACAACUGUUUCACACCGAGUGAUGCUGUGGAGUGGCUCCAUGGUCAUCUUCAGGAGAAUCCCAUAUUUGGUCGUGACGUAACAAGACAACAGAUAACCCAGCUAUUAGAGAAGUUUUAUAAAUGCGGUGUGUUUGAAGAUGUCAGAGGUGCCAAACACAAUAAGGACUUCAGCGACAGUGGCCAUGUUUUUAGGUUUGUCGACAACCUGUCACCUGUGAAGUUGUCCCGCACUCCUCUGAAGGUGCGGACGAACAACGUGUCCCAUUUGGCACCAAAUCAUCUGGACUUCGGAAAGUCGAAACCGCACGUCCCGAAAAGCGACCUGCAGGAAUGCCACCUGGUGGCAAAACCGUUGACACCUGCUGAAGUUGAGGACGUGUGGAAGGGAGUGACGCUGUCGAGGCUGGAAGCGAUUCUGGGAGUCAGGUCAUCAGAUGAGCUCUUGGACAGCGGUCUCGUUAAUGUCAAUCACAUCGUCCACAACAUGACGAAGGUCAACAAGCAGGGAAUAGUGACAGACCUCGCAGUGGAAGGUAGGUGUGAGUGCGUCAUCUCAUGUAGCAAGCAUAAUUCCAGUGUUCAUCUGGCUCCUGGAAAAGUGGUGUAUUCGAUCGAAGACCCGACCGCGCUCACGUACUGUGAGCAGGUGAGCAAGGAGGAGUAUGAGAACCAGAAGAGCGCACUCUCACAGAGUGCCAUGUCAGGUCUGCUGGACAGUAUCAUCAGCAACAAGCGCAUGAGUGCGAAGGAGAAGAGAAAGAAACUGAAACAGGCUCGCGCGCGACUCGGCCGCCGCGCCGGUGGCGCCCUCGCGGCGCGCAGCCGUGGCGACCUCUACGGGUCAGCGGCGACGUCGCACUGUUCGCUGAACGUGAUCGAGGAGCAGCAUGGCGGCCAGCCCGCCACCAGGGGGCAGGACUCCCCACGCGACGCGGCACCAUUUCGCCGGCGCGACGCGUUACGCGCGACCGGUGGCGUGCCGAGAGCCGCGGCGAUGACUACGUAUACCACCGCCGCACGCUCCCCGGGGAGAGGUAACGCACAGGAGGGGCGGGGUGCGGUGGGUCGAGCGUCAACCGAGAAGGAGGGAAGGAGCCCACGGGAGGGUGGUGCACGGGGUGCGGCGGGGCAAGCGUCGUGUGAGGAGGGGAGGAGGGGUGGUGGAGGAGCAGACGGCGUUAGUGGGAAAGCUCCCGGCCUGUGCAUCGCGGGACUGAGUCCGAUCGCGCGCGACGGCAGCAUGCUCAUCGGCGCGACCACCUCCCUCCGCCGCCCCGUCGUCGUCAGCUCAGACUUCUCUCGCUCCAUCCUCUCCGCGCUAGCCACCGCGUGCGACGAUGCUCCGCGUCCCGCAGCCCUCCCCGCCGCGCCGUCGUCCGCUGAUGGAGAGAACGGGGGGACACGCCACCCCCGCGCAAGAACAGGAAGGCUGCACGACGUAGCUAGUGCUAACCCCGGCACGCCAUCGUCUGCUGAUGGCGGAGGGACACGCCGCCCCCGCGCAAGCACAGGGAGACUGCAUGAUGUAGCUAGUGCUGUCCCGGCGGCGGCGUGGCAGCAGCAGCAGCAGCGGCGGCCCGCCUCACAGCGCAAGUCCUGCUCGCUGCCAAUCAACUCAUCAUUCAUGAACCCGACGUACGCCGACGAACAAUACGUAGACUGCGACUGCGUGCGUCUCGGCGUCGCCAUGCCAGACUGCAGCACGUGCGCCGACGACGACAACGAGGCGCCACCUGGCGUCAACUCGAGCGCGUCUUCCUACCAGACAGCGCCCCCUGGUGUCAACUCGAGCGCGUCGUCGUACCAGACGGCGCGCAGCCAUGUGACGGCGGGUUCGUCCAAUAGUGUCGCGAGCGCGAGGUCGUUGCAGCGCAAACGCGAGGUCAGGCCGCUGCCCCAGCGCCACCUAGGGGAGUGCACACCACAGCACCACGUAGAGGAACCGCACUACGUCAAUGCGGAGGUCGUGCAGGCGUUCCUCGCUGGCCAGGAGUUUGGACGCGUCCGGGCGUCGACAGCCUCCGGCGGGCAGCUGCGGCGGCACCAGGGGGCGCCGCGUCCCGCGUCUGUGCACGGCAGCCCGCAGGACACCAUCUACAUAGGCGGCAUGGACGACCCGUACGCGAGCUCAUUAACCCUCGACGCGACCGUGAGUCACCGCGCGGGGCGCCCCCUACUCGAAACACCUCGGCAGCCCCCGGUUCCUCCACGCCGCGGACCGACAGCGAAUCAGCAGCGGUCACCGAGCGGGGACGGCAUGCUGCGCAGACGGAGCGCGGAUCGACGGCAGCAGAGCAUCCCGGAUUCGGCGCGGAAAUCUCGCCGCCAGUCGAUGCAGCACGCCUACUCAGCAUACAGCGUCGACGACGCGGCGACGACCUUGACCCUCGGCCGACCCGCGUCGGAGGUGGACGUGAGGACUGCGUCGCGGCCGGGGACGCAGUGUGGGAGCAGGGAGUCGAGCGCCUUCACUCCGUUCGGCACGAGGGGAGUGCUGUGCGCUCUCAAGCGCAUGGAUAGCCAGCCCGUUCUGCACACAGUUGACGGGCAGAAUUGUGCCAAGGAUGCCUUGCAAAUAUGUUGCUUGCUGCUGUCGCCUGCCGCGAGAAAACGCUUGCAACUGCUGCUGCGAAUGAUGGCGAAAAUGUGCAAGAACGAGGAACUGGACAGUCUGGAUGAAUUCACCUGCGUCCGCUCACUGGUUAUAGAGACGUUUACGAGCAGCAUACUGAGACCGGAGUACGAGGACGACCAAGACAUGCUGCUCAACCUGCGACUUGUCACCUUCCUCGUAGAGAACCACGCCGACAUCAUGGCCGUGCCGGAAACCCUCAAGAAACAGAUCAAUACGAGACUCGCGCAGGCCCGGACAAGUCGCACUCAGGUGGUCGUAUUCGAUCGACGACACUCCGCCGACGCGCUCAGUUAUGUGAGCAAAAAGGAGGCGCACUCUCACAGCAGUUGCAUGCUCACGAGUCUGCUGGACAGUAUUAUCAGGCAACAAGCGCGCGUGAGUGCGAAGGAGAAAGAGAAAGAACUUAAGCAGUUUAAGUUGGCAUAUCCAGACAUCUACCGGAAGAGGUUCCCAACGGCUGCCGAAGAGGCUGAAUUCUUUCCUCCAGAAUCAAGAUCCCGCAUCCCGAAGCCAUUGAUGAAGCUGAGAAGCAUGAGGUUGUAGGUGAAGCCGAGGAACAUGACUCUGUGUGUAAGGAUAAGAAGCAUGAGACUAUAGGUAAUUGAAGAAGCCAGUAAGGAUGCUACAUGUGGAAAAUAACCCUAAAUGAUGUAUGAAAUCGUGUGCUAAUCUGCUAUAGAUCAUACUGAAACUUCAAAUGAAAGCUUAACGUGAAGCUCUCGAUGAUGAUGAUGGCAUGGAUGCUUCAGACUGUGAAUGAAACAGAAUGAGAAUGCCAUCAGUGAGGGCGCAGGGUGUGGGUGCUCUCUGUGUCUGUCAUCUCAAUUUAUCACAUUAGUCAGGGAUGAGAUUCUUCCGCGGAUCCGCGGAAAUCCGCGGAUUUGACAGUCCCAGGGGUCGAUUUUGUGAAACGUCUAUUUUCGUUGAGAAUAUUGGGAAGGGGUAACAAUGUAACAAUUUAAAUUAUAUACCCUCAACAGCACCUGACUGUAGACUGUAGAGUGUAGACAGUAG